GGGAGACUACACUAUUAUUAUUACUUUCUUUUCACAAUUAUGUUUUUUUUUUUUAAUUUAAAUUAAUGUUCGAGCAAAAUAAAUGGUUGCAUUAAUCAAAAGGAAUGCAUGUUUAACAGAAUAACUGCUAGAACAAUGAACUACUGCUCGUUUCUGUUACCCACAUUACUCAGUGUUGUUAAUUCCAUCUUACGUCAUCCAGCAAAGACAUUGAAGAGUGACAAAUUUAUUAUUAAUAAUGCAAUUACAUAUAUACUUCUCCAUCAACAUGGCGCACACAAAAUUAAAUCAUUGAAGAUUGAUAAUGGAGAACUAUGAUCAAAUACUACAAAGUUUGCAGGAUAUGAGAACGUACAGUGAACAAUUUGAAAAUGACAAAGAAAUUGCGUAUUUAGAAUUUUUAAAGCAACUCGACGAAUAUCAGCAGGUUGAUAAUCAAGCAAUUAACAUUUUCAGUGCCUACAAAGAUUCGGAGAGAGAGAAUAAGGAGUUGACACAAGCGAAUCGUCACACUAUGAAGGAAAUGAAGUCUCUCGAAUCUAAGUGUAAACGCUUUGAAGAGAACGGAACAAACAUUAUAACAAGUACAAUACAUAAGCUGUCCAUGAUAAACAACGAAAUGGAUAAUUAUUGCAAUUUGCAAGAUAAUCUCAGCAAAGUUCAUAAUCCCGACAACAUUCGGAAACAGACGAUAUUAAAUCGCGCAAAAAUUGAGGAGAAAAAGAAGACUUUAUCGUCUUUUGGAACUUACAAAGAUGCACUUUCAUUAAAUAGUGAAAGCAGUAUUCCCAAUUUUGAUAAGGUUUUGAUGUUUAACGAGACUUCAAACAGAAAGAAACAUUCAAACAUCAUACAGAAUUAUUAUAAAUUAAGGGAUAAACUUAAUAGUGUUGAAUAAUCAUUUAAAUAAUUUGUUCAUGUUUUUUUCAAUGUUUCGUAGUUA